ACUCUUCCCGAACAGCCCAAACGUACAUAGACAUGGCAAAAUUCCUAUCACAAAAUCAGAUUGAUGAGUUCAAAGAAUGUUUCUCGCUUUAUGACAAGAAGCGAAAGGGGAAGAUUGAGGCAAAAGACCUUAUAACAGUCAUGCGCUGUCUGGGUACAAGCCCCACAUAUAAUGAAGUGGACCGACAUCUGCAAGUCCACAAAAUAGAUAAGACAGGGGAGCUGGACUUUUCUACAUUUCUAACCAUGAUGCACAGACAGAUGCAGCAGGAGGAUCCUAAGACUGAAAUCCUGGAGGCCAUGCGUAUGACAGACAAACACAAGAAAGGCUACAUUCAGGCCUCUGAGCUACGGGCUAAACUCACUGGCUUAGGGGAAAAGCUCACAGACAAAGAAGUGGAUGAGCUUUUUAAAGAAGCACAUGUUGGACGUGAUGGACUUGUUCACUAUGAGGAGUUCACUAGAAUGGUCACACUUCCUACAGUGGACUACUAGUACUAAUGAAGAACAAUGAGUCGGGCCC